UGCGGAGGAAAACGGUACUCGCAUGCCUUACUCAACACACAUCCCAAAAUGGCCGAUUGGUGAGAAGAGAAGAAAGACAAUCAGAAAGAUAAAGAAAACUACAAAUGGCGGAUCUACCUCUUAGUAAUAGUCCUAAUUCAUCCCCUUCGUCCUCCUCUUCCAAGAGGAAAGGAAAGAAAAAGAAGAGAAGGAGCCCAUACAGUGACCCAGACUCACCAGUGGACUCCAUCAAUAAUGAAACUGACAAUUAUCCUUUACAAACUACUGAUCUUGAUACUCCUGUAAUUACAACAGCAAAAUGUGUUAUAUGUGGAAAAACUGUGAAACAAUUAGUUCGUAAACCUGAAGUCAAUGGUAUUGUUACAUGCGAGGCUUGCCUCAAGUUAGGCAUAACUCCAUCCUCUGGCGAUGAUGGUAAAAAUUCUAUGGACGGAUACAUGACACCACGUCGUGGCCCAGUGAAGGAGCACCUCUGUAACUGUGCAGCCUGUGUCAAUAAACGUGAAAAUGCAGUUCCACCAGAGGUAGAGCGCGAUGCCCACAUAACCCAAAGCUAUUGGAUGGAGAUCAGGCACGUUGUCAGAUGCAUAUACAGAGAUGACAUGAAUCUCUCAGAUUUAUCAACGAGGGAAAGCAUUGGCUCGGACAAGAUGAGGAGUAUUGUGAGGAAGUUGUGCAGUCGGGAUCCACACCAGUUCUUCCAGAGGCUGGAGACUUUGGCAAGGGAGUACCUUCUUGAGGUGAAAGUAAGAUUAUUGGAGCAGUUGUCAUGUGGUUUUAAUUCCCCACAACUGGCCAUUGAGUUCAUACAGAUGCUUUUAGAUGAGUACACCACACUCUGUUCAGCUCUACCAGGACUACUCUUCUUACUUGAACCACUGGAGGCGACUGAUUACGUCAGGAGUCUUGGUGUUACCAUUGAACUGGUUAAUAAGAACAUUUUCCGUGAGCUCAUUUUUGCCGAGUCAUUCAUGAGCUCAAACCUCCCACUCAUUAUUGCUCAGUUGAGACUGGCCUCCCUCUCUUCAGACCCUUUUCAUCGGAGCACAGCAGACUCACUCUCACAAAGGUAUAUAUGUCUAGAUAGAGAGAUGGAAGAGAUUGGUAGAGUGUGGAAAGUGGCCAAGGAGCAGCUAUUGGUCCAUCACCAAGAGCUGAAGCGGCAUGAAGAGAGACAUGCUAGUCUGUCCAAGAUGAAAGCUGACAACAAUCUCAUGAAGAAAUCAGACCUCCCUCCUCCUCUCCCUCCCCCUCCUGUCACUGAUGAAUAUUCUACUGAGCCAAUUCAAGCUACUGGUACUUUUGUUAAGUUAAAAGAUGAUCCUAUAGAAGAGCCUGUACAGUCUAAAGCAACAAAGUCACAAAAAGUAGAUUCAUCUUCAACAUCUCAAGCUAAACCCUCUCUCCAUCUUACAUCACUUAUCCCUCCUCCCUCCUCCUCCUCUUUCUCUUCCCCCCAGCAAGAAACCGACUCAACCGCAACCAGCAGCAACAAAGAGAACGAGAAAGGAAGUUGGCUGACCAAAGAACAAGUGGCCGAGUUCUCAAAAAUCUUAUUUAAGUGUAUAAAGCCAAUAGGGGAUCCAGAGUUUAGGAUAACAGAUGAUAUAGCAACUCACACCAUCACAUUAAAGAUAGACAUGACCGCCAUUGAUCUGAGGCAUGCCGAAGCACUUUGUACGAGCGAGCAAGUACACAAGUAUGAAGGACUGGGGCUAAGGAGGGAGGAGAUUGCUGAGGUGGCCCUCAAGCUGAAUGCUAUCAAGCAUCUUGGCAUCAGUCUCCGUAUUGAUGAUCUUUUUGAUGAGCAUGGGUUCAUGGUCGUUGAUGGGAGUGAGAUCCAGCAGGAGGAGAGAGAAGACGCUGUGUAUUUUGUUGAAGACGGUCGCAACUCCAUCAAAGGAAAAGAGAAACUAUUGGCAGAGGAACUGGCUCGCUCUGAGCUAGUUGACUUGUUAGCUGAGAAAGAGCGAGUGAUAGAGAGGGAGAACAGCGAGAGAGGGGAAGGAAGGGAGACCGACCUUCUCCAGAGCAUGACGAUGAAGAUUAGAUUCAUGAAGAGCGUCGUGAACGAGGAGGUCCGGUCUAGACUGAUAUCGGACAGCGAACAGGUCAUGUUUGAAUCGUGUGAUCAAGUUCAGAUGAAGCUGACGCAGUUAGAGUUGAACACCGUUCGAUUGAUGUGUACCUCAAACUCUUCGUCUUCGUCUUCACUGGCAUCUAAUCUCGGGAUGAUUAACACAUGUAAGAGAAAAGAGGCGGGGCCUGAGAAAUACAUGCAUGCCGAUGCCCACCAGCCAUUUAUGGAUCUGCUAUUGGAACAGCAGCAGGGAAAGGCCUCGGAGUUUGUUCCCAAGGGAGAGGAGGAGGAGGAGAGGGAGGGAGAAGGGAAGAAGGAGAGAAAGGAAGGGAAGAGAAGGAAGAAGGAUGAGCUGGUCCUUGGUCAGUCGACUGUGCUCUCUGUGUCUAUGAGGAAUCAAAACUGUCAGUGUUUUGCUUGUAUCGGUGCUGUUGCUGCCCAGCAAACUGAUGNUCUUUCAAGGCCACUGAAUCCAAUAGACCCUAAUGGGAGCCAAUUGAACAUUAAAGAUGUACUGAGGGCUGGUCUGGAGGAAUCAAGUAAAGGAUCACCAGGGGGCGUGGCUGGAGGAGGAAGUCACGCCCACAAUAAAGUUUCUAAUAAAACUGAAAAUCUUUGGCAAAAUUGGAUGUCUUCAACAAACGAUAAUUUAGUAGAGGAUCCUAAGACCACACCCACUACAGCCCCGCCCCCAGCAGCCAGCAAUACUUCCCCAUCAUCUGCCACUAGCUCAAGCCUCGUUAAACCAAACCACGCCCACACCUGCCAACAUGCUGCAGUCACUCAAUCAGCUGAUAAUAGCACACAAACACAUGUUGCUAAUGGAUCGACCAAUGGAUCAUCAGGCCCUGUCAGGAGAUACUGUCCUUGCUGCUACUGUGAACUAUUUGGACACAACUCGCCAAUCACGGCUCCAACCAGUCACAAUUACACCAAACAGAGGGACAAGAUGAGACAAAAACUGGAAAAGAAAAGGAACAAGAAAGAUGGAGAACAUGUUCAUCAGUGUCCCCACGGGUAUCCUUAUCCUGUUCCUCAUCACUCCUAUCACUCUCACUCUCCACCCGCCAACCAAUCAAGUGUAAAGACUCAUCCAGCCCCUCCCCCUCCUCCUCCACCUCCCCCUGCUCCAGCUCCAGCUGUUGUAGUUGAGACUAAAGUGGCCACACCUCCUACCCCACCCUCUAUUGGAGACGACCGCUCGCUGGACGAACUACUGAGAUUCAUUGAAGGAAAGGAUUUCGUUGAGCCGACCAGCAACGGAACUAAAACAAAGAAAAAGAAUAAGAAGAAAAAAGUAACAGAAUCAGUUGCUGUCUCUUCAUCAUCUUCUGGUAGUGAUAACAAUCAGUCACACGUCACUAUUAACAGAGUCUCUGAUCCUCCCCCUCCUCCUCCUCCUCCUCCUCCUCCUGUCACUUCUCCUUCCCCUCCUCCUCCUCCUUCCCUUCCUGCUAUCAGUAAGAUGGAGAGUGUUGGAGGAAAGGGUAAGGCUGGGGGUGGAAAGGGACCGGCAGGAGGGAGCGUGGCUAAAAGGGAAGAGAAAGGAAGAGCAAAGCAGCAGGCAUUAGUUAAUGGAGGAAAGAAAGGAUCUCCAAGUCCACCAGUCACAAAGAAACAGACCUCACAACCUUCGCCUAAACCAACCCGUAGCAAUAAUGCCUCCAGCAGGAGUUCUAGCAAGAAAACCUCUCAUCAAUCCAAUGGCAUUGGUAAAGGCAUAUACAGUGCUGCUGAUCCAUUGAUUACUGAUAGAUCUAUGCAGUCUGACACUGAAGAAGACUAUGAUCAAGAACUUGAAGACUUCAAAAAACUUUGCUUUAGUUCAGCUCCUGUUGAUGCUAAAAAGAAGCUUCAUGUUUCUCUGAACAUGCAGGACAUCAUUUCCAAAAUGAAGUGAACCUUUGCCACACACAAGUAUCUUAUUAGUAGAGACUUUCCACUCAGUUUAUUGUUAUUAUUAUUGUUGUUAUUAUUUUGAUUUCUCUUUUUCUUGCCCACUGAUGCUACACUAAUGAGUAUAGAGGACAUAAAACAGACGGACAGACAUUGUUUUCCUCAUGUUUAGAACCCUCCCUCACUCUUUUCAGUUCAAAUGUGUCAAUAUUAUUAUUAUUAUUAUUUGUGAUUAUGCUAUGAUAACAAUACCGAACUAAUGGCUGAUGAGUACUGACAUUUCAAUGCUUCUACUGCAAAUUUAGUUACACCUAUUAUUUAUUAAAAUAAUGUUUUUGACAUACAUAGCCUUUUGGCUAAAAAAA